AUGGUCAAAGACCUGGCACCCAAGGCGGCCCUGCCGGCGGACUUUCUCUGGGGCUUCGCGACAGCAGCCUAUCAGAUCGAGGGUGGAGCCACAGCAGACGGCCGGGGACCUUCGAUAUGGGAUACCUUCUGCAAGACGCCCGGCAAGAUCGCCGACGGUAGCUCCGGUGACGUGGCUUGCGAUUCAUAUCACCGCACGGCUCAGGACAUCGCCCUCCUGAAGCAGACCGGCGCCAAGGCAUAUCGAUUCUCCAUCUCGUGGUCCCGGGUCAUCCCCAAAGGCGGGCGCAAUGAUCCCAUCAACCAGGCCGGGCUCGACUACUAUGUCAAAUUCGUCGACGACCUUGUUGAUGCCGGCAUCGUGCCUUUCGUGACUCUGUUCCACUGGGAUCUCCCUGACGAGCUCGACAAGCGGUACGGCGGGUUUCUGAACAAGGAGGAGUUUGUCGCCGACUAUGCCAACUACGCGCGCGUCAUGUUCGAGGCCCUGCCCAAAGUCAAGCACUGGAUCACCUUCAACGAACCGUUCUGCAGUGCCGUGCUCGGCUACAACGUCGGUGUCUUUGCCCCAGGUCGUUCCAGUGACCGCAAGAGAAGCCCGGCUGGCGACAGUUCCACGGAGCCGUGGAUUGUCGGCCACUCUAUCCUGAUAGCACACGCGCACGCAGUCCAAAUCUACCGCGACGAGUUCAAGCCUCGAGACCACGGCGAGAUUGGCAUCACGUUGAACGGAGACUGGACCGAGCCGUGGGAUCCCGAAGACGAACAGGACCGGAUAGCCUGCGAUCGCAAGAUCGAGUUCGCCAUCAGCUGGUUCGCCGACCCGGUCUACUUUGGCCACUACCCGGAAUCGAUGGUCAAGCAACUGGGCGACCGGCUGCCCCGAUUCACCGCCGACGAGAGCGAGUUGGUCAAGGGCUCGAACGACUUCUACGGCAUGAACCACUACUGUGCCAACUACAUCCGCCACAAGGACGGGCCUGCCGACCCGAACGACACGGCCGGCAACCUGGACGUGCUGAUGGAAGACAAGUACGGCAACAGCAUCGGGCCCGAGACCCAGUCGCCCUGGCUGCGCCCGCACGCGCCGGGGUUCCGCAAGCUGAUGAAGUGGCUGAGCGACCGGUACGGCCGGCCCAAGAUCUACGUCACGGAGAACGGCACCAGUCUCAAGGGUGAGAAUGACUUGUCCAUGGAGGAUAUCCUCGAAGACGACUUCCGAUGCGAGUACUUCCGCAGCUACAUCACGAGCAUGGCCGAGGCCGUGGCCGAGGAUGGAUGCGACUGCCGUGGGUACAUGGCUUGGAGUCUGAUGGAUAACUUCGAAUGGGCCGAGGGCUACGAGACCCGGUUCGGCGUUACAUAUGUCGACUACAACAACGACCAGAAGAGAUACCCGAAGAAGAGCGCCGUAGAGAUGAAGAAGAUCUUUGACCAGUAUAUCGGCAAGCUCGAGAAGCUGAACGGGCAGCCCGAGGUCAAUGGCCAUGCUGAGUGA